GACAUGACCCAGAGAUGAGGGUUUUAUGACGGUAUUGUCUGCAUCUCCAUAAAUCUGAAGCAUCAGAAAACAAUCUCCUGGUCUAAGCUGCUUGAAUGGACUGAUCCGAUUGUACUAAGAGCCUUUGAGAGCAAAAUUCUCCAGCACUUCCGAGGGGAGUUGAAGAGACGGGAACCAGUGAGUCACCCAACUUUAUCAUGGAACCUGAAGAAUUUGAUUCCGAGGACAAAGAGAUGUUAAGCUGGGAUAUUAAUGAUAUGAAACUGCCACAGAACGUGAAGAAGACCGACUGGUUCCAGGAGUGGCCGGAUUCCUACGAGAAGCACAUCUACAGCUCGGAUGACAGGAACGCACAGCGGCACCUGAGCAGCUGGGCCAUGCGCAAUACCAACAACCACAACUCCCGCAUCCUCAAGAAGUCGUGCCUGGGCGUGGUGGUGUGCAAUCACGACUGCGCGUCAGCGGAGGGCCGCAAGGUCUACCUGAGGCCCGCCAUCUGCGACAAGGCCCGGCAGAAACAGCAGAGGAAACGCUGUCCCAACUGCAACGGGCCUCUGAAGCUCAUUCCUUGCCGAGGCCAUGGAGGCUUCCCGGUCACUAACUUCUGGAGGCACGACGGACGCUUCAUAUUUUUCCAGUCAAAGGGAGAGCAUGAUCAUCCUAAACCAGAAACCAAAUUGGAAGCCGAGGCACGAAGAGCAAUGAAGAAAGCGCACACGGCAUCCUCCGUGUCCUUGAAGCUGAAGGGGAGCCCAGAGACAAAGGUUCUUCCAGGCGAAACACAAAGUUGGGGAAGUUUACCUUUAACUUGGUCUCUCCAGGAAGGUGUCCAUUUGUCUGGUAGUUACAGUGGACACUUAAUAGCUAAUGCACCCCCGCAGAAGUCGCUGAAUGAUUGCUUAUCCUUUUCCAAGGGUUACGGUUUCGGGGGAGCCACCGAUGUGGCAGACUCCACUUCCACCUUGGACCCUACUAAGCUCUAUGACAAAUGUAAAUUGUCCAGCAGUUGGAUCUACAAUAGUGGGGACUUGAUUCAGCCUGUUUCCGGAGUCUUCUCUGACUACAAUGAUCUGCAAACAUGGAAUAAAAACACUGCUUUAGGGAGAAAUCCUCUUAAUGACAACCGUUGUCCCAAUUAUUCUUUACCUCUGACCAACUGGCCUUAUGAGUUCUCCCUUUCCCAGACCUCUUCUGAACCCUUUUACCAGCAGAUUCCAGGGGAGCCACCUGCAGCCAAAACCAGCUGUCACCCACUGUGGCCAAAUCCAGGGGGUGAUCUUCAUGAAGAGAAGGUACGUAUGGAUUGUAGCGGCUAUUGCCCGACCGCCACGUGCCAUUCACCUCAGGAAGACCCCUUGCUCCUCACCUACUCCUCCCACCCUCACCAUCAAUCCUCCCUGCCAGCCAAGAGCAGCAAGUGGGAUUUUGAUGAAGAAAUGAGGUGCGUGGGUUUGGAUCACUGCAACAGUGAGAUGUUUCUAAACCUCUGUCCAUUAAGAUGAUCCAAAUCUACACCCUUGUACACUGUUAGAGGGAACGUAAUUUGGUGCAGACACUAUGGAAAACAGUAUGGAGGAGCCUCAAAAAUCAUAAGUAGAGCUGCCAUGUGACCCAGCAAUCCCACUUCCGGGCGUAUAUCUUAAGGAAACAAAAUCACUAUCCUAAAGAGAUACCUGCACCUCUAUGUUCAUAGCACCCUUAUUUAUAAUAGCCAAGGCACGGAAAGAACCCCAUGUCCAUCGAUAGAUGAAUGGAUGAAGAUGUGGUGAAUAUAUA